AAGAAGAUGGUUACUGGGGUAAACUGCUGCACGCCUGCUUCGACUGGUUUUACAGGCGUAUAAAACAGAUUCCAGAGAGACCAUUUUCAGUUUUAGGCAUCAUGGCAAGCCAGCGGCCUCCGUCCAGCAUGGGCCGGCCGAUGAGCCGCAGCGGAUCUGUGGUCCCUGGUGCUGGGAGACCCCCUACAGCUAUCCAGCCUCCUCCUACAGCUAUGCGUGUUGCAACUGGGAUGGUUCCAGGAACCAGCGCUCAUCCAGGUUUGAGGGGCGGCAUCCCCGUCGCCACCCCCGGAGUCCUGACAGCACAGAUCAAAGUGACUGAGAGGCCGGUCACCCAGCAGGGGCUCAGUGGGAUGAAAACUGGCAUGAAAGGACCUCAGAGACAAAUUUUGGACAAGUCCUACUACUUGGGUCUUCUCAGGAGUAAGAUCAACGAGUUGACCACAGAGACCAGCAAACUGCACAAAGAGAUUGAGAGCUACAACCAGGAGAACUCCGUCUAUCUCUCUUAUGAAAAGAGAGCUGAAGGCCUCGCUGCUGAGAUUAAGGAUAUGCAAGGCCAGCUUGCUGACUACAAUAUGCUUGUGGACAAGCUCAACACCAACACAGAGAUGGAGGAAAUGAUCAACGACUACAACAUAUUGAAAGCUGAGAAUGACAGCGAGGCAGAAAGCAUCGAUAACAUCUUCACUGAGAGGAGAGAGAGAGAGGAGGCAAUCAGGGCCAUCGAGGAGGAGAUCAGGAGAGAGAGGCGCGUUGCUGAUGAAGUCGUCCAAGCAAUGCCGGCAGCAAAGCAAGAGAAAUAUUUCACCAUGACAACCACUAAUGAGGAACUGCUGCAGGAGCUGACUGUUCUCCAGGAUGAGCUGGACGUUCUAAUAACGAGGAAGGAGGACUAUGAAGCAGAGCUGUCUCACUCUCAGAUAAAGCAGGAGGUGGUUCGGCUUCAUGAGACCCUGUCAGUGCUGGAGGCCAAACGAGACACGAUGGAGGCGGAGCAGAAGAGCCUGGGUUCACCUCAGGAAGAGAGAGAGAAGUUAUUUAAGCAGGUGAAAGAGGACAACCAGGAAAUUGCCAGCAUGGAGAGGCAGCUUACGGAGAUACGGGACAGGACGAGACAAAUCACAGAGGAGAUCCGGCACCUGGAGCAGGACUCAGAAGCAGCUCAGGGCGAAUGUCAACAAAAAUACAAAGAGCUGAAGAGGAAAGAAGAGGAGAUCGACCGGUUCCUGGAGUCAUUUGAGGAGUCCAGGGCUCAGGAGGAGGAGAGGUUAAAGCAGGGCCAGGAGAACAUUGUCUCACUCCUGGAGCACUGCAGCAGGAACAUGUUGCGGCUCCGUCAGGUGGAUACAGUGACAGCCAGCGAGCUGAGGAACAUGCAGGAAGUGCUGGUAAGCAAGGAGACCGAGGUGGUCCAGUCAGAGAGCACCGCUAGAGGACUGACAACAGAGUCCCAGCGCCUGCAGCAGGACCUGGAGAAGGUGCAGCAGCUGGAGGGGAAGAUCACAGGUGAGCUGAGCACCCUGCAGGAGCGUGUCAGCACCAUGCAGUCUGAGCUGCAUACCUACAGGGACCUGGACACCCUCAGGCUCACAGCUGAGGAGAAGAAGGAGAGGCUGCAGGAGGAGCAAGUGUCGCUGACUCAGCAUCGAGAUGCAUUUGGACAGCUGCUGGAGGAGAUGAACCAGGAAUAUGAAGCCCUGAAGACCAAACUGCAAGAAAAUGAGACUCACGCUCAGCUGGCUAACCUGGAGAGGAAAUGGCAGCACCUGGAGCAGAACAAUUUUGUGAUGAAAGAAUUCAUCGCCUCCAAAUCCCAGGAGAGCGACUACGCCUCAGUCGCCAAGAAUGUCUCCCAACAGGUGGCCGAUUACAACAAGAGCCUCAUAGAGUUGCUGCAGAACAACACGGGUUAAAAACAAGACUUUUGGUUCCAGAUGAAGCUUUCUGACAGGCUCAAGGUCAUUAAAAGCAAAAUGUGUUGAGUGUUUAUACACAAAUACUUUUUAUUCAGUCAUUCAAAGGCGGAGAGAUUGUGCUGCAUUCUGACAGUAGCUUUAAGUAGAGAUGUAAAUGUAAAAUGGCGAGCUAAUUUAAAUAAACGUGUUUCAAGAACA